GUUUACCUGGCGUGCUAGCUCCCGGUUAGGUUCGUUCGUCGCCUCAUACAAAGCGCAAGUCAAGCAAGAAGAAGACCCCAGCCAGAGGUAAAUCCGCGCGCGCGGUGAAAGACUGAUUACUGCGGCAAGAGCGCGCUCCACGGGUCGGCGCAAGCGUGAGUGUCCGUCUGUCAGUGUCCUGCACACACACACACAUACAUCCCUUCGCGCUCGUAGCCAACAGCCAUGCCCAAGAACAACUACGACGACGAUGAGGACGACGAUCUGCUCAUGGCGUUGCAGAGCAUGGAGCCAUGCGGCAACUGUGGUGCAGAGGGGGCCAAGAUUCCCUGUAUGAGCGGCUGUGGAGAGGUCUUCUACUGCUCCAGGGAAUGCAACAUGCACCACGCGUCGGCGCAUCGUCUGCGCUGUCGAAACUUGCGUUGCUCCAAAUUCAAUGACUCAGAGUCUGAGUCUGAUGAAGACGACUCGGAUGAGUAUGAGACGGACUCGAGUGCCGAGUAUGAGACGGACUCUGAUGAGGACGAGGAGGAAGAAGAAGAGGAAGAAGAAGUCAAGCCGAAGAAGAAGAAGGGCAAGAAGAAGGGACGUGGCCGUUCCAAGUCCCGACGAGUCAACAGCUCACGCAGUGUCGAGUCUUCGGGCAGUACACUCUCGGUUAGUGGAAUAUUGAGGCUUGCAUUGCUGUGUUUUCGAACCCCUUUAACCUCAUUUUUUGUGUCAUUUCUUGCAACAGCGGAAGGUCAGUCUUGAUGCUGAUGUGGAGAAACGUAUCGAGGAGAAGAUCAUGAAGCGACUCAAGAAACAGGAAGAAGCGCGUAUCGCUCAGGCGAUCGAAGCUCGCAUGCGCGCGGAGAAGGCCAAUUGGCGGGACGAUGAGAUGAACCGCAUCAUUAUGGAAAUGCGGGAACGUUUCCAGAGCGAAAUGUCCUCAACGACCUUCUGGACGGCCUUGGCGAAGAAGAAUGGACUGGAAAUGGGCUCACAGGAGAUGUUGACACUGCAGAAAUCCAUGGAGCAUUCGUUCUUGGCGUCCAACCCGCAGUCUGAGGACAAGAUGGCUGCUCCUAUGUCUGCUGAAGAGGCUGUAGCUGCUGGAGUUGCUGCGAUCGAUGGAUCCGAGGCCACAGUCAGUCGUACGCGUAGUGUGUCCAAGGAGUCGUCCUGGAACAACGCCUGUGCUGCGUUCGAGGCAUUAAGAGUUGUCGUCUGGAAGCACAGCUUCCUGCCGCGUCUGCAGUUCCGAGCAGAUGACUCGACGGGUAUCUGGAACACCAUCAUAGAGCUGGACGCUGACGAGUCGUUCGCACAUAUCUGCGUGGGUGACAAGCUGUUGUCUAUCAACGGACGAGCUAUUGACGACUCGGUGUGCACCGAUGACGACCUGAACGACGUGUUUGCAGCUUACGCAUCGCCGAUUAUUAUGAAAUUCGAGGCAGGGGACCCAUCUGCGGCGAACUGCAAGGUGCAUGACUACACAGUGACGUGGUCGAACGGCCCGCUGGGUGUUACGCUGAAGGAUGACUGCGCUACACAGAAGAUUCCAAUUGUUAACCGUUUGACCAAGAAAGCUGGAUCAGUGGCUGUUAAACAGAAUAUCGCGAUUGGAGAUGUGCUGGUGGCUAUCAACAACAUCGACACAAUCCAGCUCGGCUGUUCGCUGUCCAUGUCGAUCCUUAAGAAGGUGCAGUUACCGGCAAAGCUACGAUUCCGUGGCGUGGGUGGACCUGGUCCUGCAUCAACGUCCCAUAAGGAGUCAGCUCCGCAGGUGCCGCAGCGUAGCAGUGUGACUGUCUCGCGUCAACCGAGCUCGUUAAAACCGGAGAACGGCAAUACACAUGUCGAAGAGCGUACACCGUCAGUGAUGAACUUCAGCAUGAGCAUGUCUCGACCCAGCAAAUAUACGAUUAACUGGGGUGAAGGACCUUUGGGUCUUACGAUCAUUCCUGGUCUGAAUGAAGGUGAUCUUCCAGUGAUCAAGAAGGUUACGGGUACAGGUAACUCGGUUGGUAUCGACAAGGCACAGGUGGGCGACUUCUUGGAGAGUAUGAACGGCAUCGAGACGGCUACGAUGCACUUCGAGAACGUGGUUUCGUAUCUGAAAACAGCGCCUAAACCUGUGUUGCUGCGCUUCCGUGCUGCACUGGACGAUGAUGAUUCAAGAGGUCCGUCUUCGUACCGUAGUAAUGGCACAGCGCUAUCCGCUAAGAGCGAUGCCAGCUAUACACCGAGUACGCAUUCGAGUUACGACAAUGCUCCAGUGCACAUGAGUCCGCCUGAGCCAGCGCCGAUGCCUGCUCCUACUCCCAGUCAUGAGAUCGUGAGGCAAGUAUCACGUGAGGCACCGAGCGAUGUGUACAAGGUGGUGUGGGGAUCGGGCCCACUGGGUCUCACUAUCGACGCGAAACCGCAGACGGGCGCAUUUAUUAAGCGCAUCGCUGCUCAGGGCGCAGCGGCUCACCUCUCUCACGACUGUGUCGGUGACGAUGUGACCCACAUUAACGACAUGGACGUGUCGCACGUGGCCUUCCAGGACAUCGUGGCACAUCUGAAGAACGUACCACGUCCUGUGACGCUCUUCUUCAGACGCAAGGCUGCCCAGUCUCAUCAUGAACGACAGCACUCGUACUCCUCGAGCUCCAGUGGCAGCUCUCCGACAAAGUACGAAAGUCCUACCCCAAGCCACAGCAGGAAAGCAGCAUUAGCUGCAGCAGGCGAGGACAACGGCGUGCAGUUCUACAACUUGGUGUGGCAGGAUGGCACUCCGCUGGGUCUUUCGUUGCGUGGAGCCGACAACACGUGCGAGUACCCUUACAUUACUCGCGUGACAGGCACAGGAAGUGCGGCGCAUUUGCCGCAGUCUGCGCUGAACGACUGUCUGAUCUCAGUGGAUGGACGUAGCGUGCAUGUGCGAGACAAGUCCUUCGAGGAGGUUAUGACUCUACUCAAGGUGAUGCAGAAACCCUUAACGUUAAAGUUCCAGGUGCGUAACGUGGGCGGAGCUCCUCAGUCUCGUGCACCGGCACCGCCUCCACCCGCACCGGCACCAGUGCAGUAUCAGCAGCGGACACCGUCGCCUUCACCUUCACCUCCACCACCCCAACAGCAGCAACCGCAGCAGCGAAAGGUGAUAAAGACGCAAGAGUCGUACACAUGGCGGCAGAAUCGAGCUCCUCCUCCGCCGGUACCUGCUCAGCAGCCAAUGUCGCAGUCGUAUAACUCGAGCUCGUCGCUCCCCAGUGGGCACAGUAGUAAUAAUCUUAGUAGGAGUGUCAAUUCCAUGGGUAGCGACCGUGGUCUGGGCGGUGGUGUGACUCCGGGCAACGAAAACAAGUUCAGCAGCAUCCAGGCUCCCUUCCUCGUGCAGAACAAGCUCUCGACUGGCCGUCGACAAAAGAUGCUCAAGGGUCUCAAGAAGUAGACAGAGACGACCAGCGCUAUCGGCUUUUUUAAGACCGUGCAAGUUGUUGACAACGGCGUAAAGGUGAAGAGCGGAGAGGAAGGAGAAGAAGAAUCUUACAGGGAAGACUGAAGACAUCAGCACGACAAGCAAGCAUGAUACAGAGAGAAACAAAAUCGAGAUGGCGAGCAAGAAUCACAGCGCAGCAUUUUUUUAAGCACUCAUCGUCUGGUAGAGGCCCGUUGGCUGCCAGCUUGGUUGUCUGUCUCGGGUUUUUCAGGUAUAUGGGUGAAAGUGAGUUAACAUUGCAUUGUGUCUUUGCAUGAGUGGGUGUUUUGUGUGAGUCUCUCUUAGAAUGGCCGACUCAGUCGAGGGAAGUAGUGCUGCCAUUUCAACUCCAGAACUGAAGGCACAACACUACAAGGCAUGGCAGUCAGCCACGGAAUACUACAUGUAGUACAUGCCAGCGGAUUCUUAAAAAGCUUACCCGUAACGUCUGCGCAGCUCUGUCUGUAGAUCCGCAGCGAACUGUUGACGCCAUUACAUAGUAAGUGUACGCACGGUUCAUGACGCUGUGCAGGAUAGCGUACCCUUUGUAUUGCUGUUAUAUGUCUUGUGAGUUCUUGUUCAAGUUGCUGCUUCACCUGUUGCCAAACAUCCAGAAUUCAAGAUCAAUACGAUGAAGGCAGAAGUACUCGCCCUGUUAGAGUGGAUUCACGUACGUGUUCGAGUGUGGUUCGACGCUCUUGGCUUUGUGCGAGUUGUUCCUGUAAAUGUGCAACUUGUCCCCGUGCAAGUUCCAGCUGAGCUUGGAGUGCCUGGUUGUCAGCUUCGUGGUGCUGGUUUUUCGCUUCUAGUUGCACGAUCUUCGCUGCGCUUUCUCGUGCGGCAUCGGAGUAAAUUGCUUGCGAGAGUGCAGUCUCAGAACCAACGAGUUGUCGCUCGUACCGCGCGCAAAUAACUUCAAGUUGCUGUACUCGUUGACGACCGACAGCGGCCAGUGCCUGUGUCUCCAGUGUGGAACCCGAGGCAGAAGUUGACUCUGUACCUGGUGAAGAAGCACGAUGCAAGUCCAGGAGUGUCUGGUCUUCUGCGCUAAUAGCGUCAUGACGUCCAAGAUCAUCAGGUUUGUCAGCGGUGACAAGUUGGAACUCUUCUUCUCGCAUGCACAGCGCUGUAAGAGCUUCGAUUAGUCCUAAGAAUUGAUGCUGCACGUCGACGACCUGGCGACGAUAUCUCUCAAGUUCGGCGAAUACUCGGUCCUGUACGCAUUGAGCUCGUGCUUGUUCACUCUGAAGACGACGCACUUGUUGCUCACUUUGACCAACAUGCGAGCUCAACUGCACUAAAUGCUCAACGACUUGGGACUUUUUGAGUAGCUUGAAGUAAGUAUCCGAGUUCAUCGGCGAUACAUGGGGGCUCGGAGUUGGUUUUGUUGCACUAGACUCUGUUGCCUUCAACGAUUCAUCGGAUGCCAUUGGAGAUGUACAAUCUGGGUCUGAACAAUAUUUGUACGCACGGGAUCGAGAUGCUGCAUUUGGUGUAGAAGUUGGAGUAAAUGUCUUUUGUUUAGUGACUUGAGCUGGCACUGGAGGGGGUACACUCGAUGCAGAAGCUGGAGAGUUCACGCGCGUAGACGGACAAGAGAGUGAGUGGCAUUUCAGGAGCUUUUUGUCUACAGGAUAAACAGCAGCAUUGAUGUGCAUGGUCUUAGUCUGUUGCUGCGAAAGAUUCGUAGCAAUCGAUAAAGGUGGGCGACUUGUUCGUGCUUGCACCUCCAUUGCUGCUCAAUUUCUACUUGCGAAGUGAUCACCC